AUAAUCAUCGAUUUUUGUUCCAGCUUUGUAAACCAGCGUUGUUGUUUGUAAUUUUGCAGCGAAAAGUAAUAAAGCCGCACACAACUCCACCGUGAACAGAUCCAUACCAGUCCAGUAAAAUAUCCGAUAAGCGAGAAAAUGUCAGCCAAGCGCAAGGCAGGAGGCAACGGAGCCGGACCCAAUAAGCGGCGCCCGAAGAAGAAGGAGUCUGACUACGAGGAUGAGUUCAGCGAUGAGUCCGAAGAAGACGGCGUGCACCAACAGGCGGCCGCUGCUAAUCAAAUGGAGGUUCUCAUUCCCCACGACGACCUUGACCCGCCCAGCAAGCUGCCCGAGGACUUGCUGGCCACUUUGGAAAAGACUCCGGGCCAGAUGCUGCUUGCCGGCAUGGUAACCUGGGACCUGACUGGUAAGCGGGACCGCAAGAACGUUACGAAGGUGCGCCCAAACCUGUACAGCUUUCACCGGUUUACGGAUGAGAAGUAUCGAUAUGUGGCUAGCGGACCCAGUGCCGCUCACACAAUUGUUAUCAACAUGGACCGCAAGGCGCUUGGUUUUGGGCGGAAUCCCAGCGGCCAGCUGGGCCUUAGCCAAGACAUUAAGUUGGCUGAGAAGCCCACCCUCAUUCCGGCCCUGGAACAGCUAAACAUCGUGCAAGCAGCGGUCGGCCGGCAUCACACUCUGUUUCUGACCGACACGGGCACCGUAUACGCCUGCGGCGAGAAUAAGUCUGGCCAGUGCGGCGUGGGGAAUACCCACGCCAAUAUCUAUUCGCCCACGCCGAUCAACUACCGAGGACCGCCGAUCAUCCGGAUCGGUUGCGGGGCCGAGUUCUCGGUCAUUCUGGACAUCAAGGGGAGCCUGCACACAUUUGGACUGCCAGAAUACGGCCAGUUGGGCCACAACACUGACGCCAAGUAUUUUGUAAACGCCAACAAGCUGUCAUUCCACUUCGAGACGUCGCCCAAAAAGGUGGUCCUGUAUAUAGAGAAAAGCAAGGAAGGCCAUGUGACGCCAGUCGAUGGUGUGCAGAUCGUGGAUUUUGCCUGCGGCAACAACCACACAGUCGCCAUUGACUCCAAGAAACGCGUCUACAGCUGGGGCUUUGGCGGUUUUGGACGUCUCGGCCAUGCAGAGCCCAAGGACGAGAUGGUACCGCGACUAAUGAAGUUUUAUGACACACAGGGUCGGGGUGGGCGUAGCGUCUACUGCGGAUCUACUUUUAGUCUGAUCGUUAAUGAGCUGGGCCUGCUCUUCCUGUUCGGCCAGAAUAAGAAGACAGGCGAGGCUAAUAUGUAUCCCAAACCAGUUCAGGAUCUGUCCGGAUGGAAUAUCACCGACAUUGGCUGUGCCAACACAUCAAUCGUGAUUUCGGCCGAUGACACACUUAUCGCUUGGGGCGCAUCGCCAACGUUUGGAGAGCUGGGCAUCGGGGAGUUCCAGAAGUCGUCGACGGUGCCUAAGGAGGUGCCAAAGUUGGACAACAUUAAAAUACCUCAGGUAACUAUGGGUUACUCGCACACGGCGUUGCUGGUGGACACCAGCCACGAGGGCACGAAGCAAAAGUACGAGAAGAUGCCCGAGUACACUAUUGAUGAUUAGAUGGCGAGCGGCUUUUUAAUGCUGCCACAAACAAAUAUACCGCUGCCAACAACAAUACUGAUCCGCGUAGGAAACACUGAGAACUGAUCAUCGAAACUCUGCUGCUACUUAUUUAAAGUGAAACUAAACAAAUCCAGCAAAUUAUAUGCUAUAAGUUAAAAGUUCAUUAUUAUGCUAAAACUCGCUAUCUACAUACUAUUCGAUAAUCUCAGAAUACGGAUAAAAUGUAUUUUGUUCCCAAACUCUAAUUUAUUCUCGUCACUGAUACAAUGUAACCCUCAACCUGUUUCCUUCUUUCUAUAAUUUAUUGCCGCCCACCUUUAGGAUUAAAAUCCAUUCACAUAACGUAUGAUUAUCCAUUUUUAAUUUGUAAUUUACACCACAAGAUACAGUAUUCUGCAUACAUUUCAAACAGAGUGAGCAAAAGCAAAAUGCUAACUACAAAACAAGUAAUUUAACAAAACAAGCGCAUAGGUUACACAUAAAAAGUAUACCAUGGAAGAAAUCCAAUACCAGUUGCAACUAUUAACUAGUACAUCAUGCAUUUUAAUCAUAUACAAAGGAAUAUUUAAAUAAAAAGAAUGUUAGUAAUUAGA